CAGAGAACGAAGAAAGAAGAGAAAUAGAAAGGUGAAGAAGAAGACGACGGAGACACUGUGACAGCGAGAGAAGACCGAAGCUAUGGCUCUUUGGGGCGAGGGAACUAGCUCAGGCGCCGCCCCCAGCGACGGAGCCGCCGAGGACGAGGACGUCGCCGUCGAUGACGAUGAGGAGGACUACGACGAGGCGGAAGGGGGAAACCGCCUCCUAGGGUUCAUGUUCGGGAAUGUCGACGGCGCUGGUGAUCUUGAUGUCGAUUAUCUUGAUGAGGAUGCAAAGGAGCAUCUUUCUGCACUGGCCGACAAGCUUGGUUCUUCCCUAACAGAAAUAGAUCUCACUAUGAGAUCACUGCAGACACCAUCAGACGCUACAGAUCAAGAUUAUGACAGAAAGGCAGAAAAUGCUAUUGAUUAUGAAGACAUAGAUGAGCAAUAUGAAGGACCCGAGAUCCAAUCCGCUACUGAGGAGGACUUUUUGUUGCCAAAAAAGGAUUUUUUCUCCAAAGAAGUUUCAGUAGCGUCUUUGGACAAUCGAAAUUCUCUUUUUGAUGAUGAAAAUUAUGAUGAAGAUGAUGAUUUGGAAAAUCAGGAUACAGGUGGGGAAGACCAUGCUGAAACUCAACAGUUGUCUCCAUCAGAUGAGCAGGAUCAUAAACAUGAAGCCAUUUCUCUGGACGAAAGUCUUCCAGAUGAUGAUCUUGCUCCUGAAAAAAGUACAGAUAUGGGAGAUUCUGAGGAGGAUGAUUCAAAUGCUCUGGAUGAGUCAGUUGAUGGUGACAUGUCUUCGCUGCUUCCUGUUCUUUAUGUAGAGGAUGGAAAGGCAAUCUUGCGGUUCUCUGAGAUUUUUGGCGUUAAAGAGCCUGUGAAAGCUGCAAGAAAAAGAGACCGGUAUCCGAUACCUAAAGAGAAAUACAAGUUGUUAGAUGCUUCUGAGAAUGUCGAGGAAGACGAAGAGAACUUUAUGAAGGCACCUUGCCAAGAUAUUUCCUGGAUGAGACGAUAUGGUGCAAAAAGUGACGUUUACAUGGGUGAAAUAGGUGAUGCAUUGAUACCAGAAACUGUUGGGGGAUCAGGAAGGAUGUCUGAUGGACUUACGAGGGAUAUGAAAGAUUCCUUUGUUAAUGCUGAAGUAAUGAAAGAUGAAGUGUCGCUGUCUUAUUUUCCGGAAUGGAACACUAGCUUUUCUUCCAAAUUCUAUCCUCUUGACCAGGAAGAUUGGGAAGAUAGAAUUGUUUGGAAUAACUCUCCAUCGUCUAUUGACAACUUGGUAGAGAGCUGUGAGCUGUCUGGACCUGAUUCUGACACACUUGGUGACCAAGAGAGGGAUUUGAAAGCUGAACCAGGAACUGUGGAGUCGGAAUUCCAAACUGAGUCGCAUGACAAGCAUCAUAACUUAUUUGAAACUAAAUAUUCCAUUUUGGUGGAGCCUUUUGACUCUGACGGAUCCCGCUCUACAGACCUUAUCAUCUCACAAAGUAGAUACCAUCCCCAGCUUCUACGAUUAGAGUCCCAAUUAGAUGAUCAUGGUACAAAUUAUGGAGCACUGAAAGAUGUUGCCCCUGAAGCAAGGCUUUGUAGUGAUGCUAUUAGACGUUUCAAUGAGCUCACCUUACAAAAUACAGAUGUAGUUAAAGGAUCGUGGAUAGAUAAUGUUAUCUGGGAUCCACAUCAGUCUAUUGCAAAGCCAAAGUUAAUUCUUGACCUCCAGGAUGACCAGAUGCUUUUUGAACUAUCAGAUACAAAGGAUACUGAACAUCUGCGACUUCAUGCAGGGGCUAUGAUUGUAGCACGCUCUCUGCAUCCCAGUAGUGGGGAUGUACUUGACCUGCAUAAUCAUGGCAUUCUAUCAGCGGGGCGGUUUAAUAUCUCUAAUGAUAAAUUCUAUUCAAACAGGAAAUCGUCCCAGCAGCUGAGAUCUCAUUCUAAAAAGCGCCCUGUUCAUGGACUUAAGGUUUUGCAUUCAGUGCCAGCACUUAAGCUGCAAACCAUGAAAGCAAAGCUGAGCAACAAAGAUAUUGCUAAUUUUCAUCGUCCAAAAGCUUUAUGGUAUCCUCAUGAUAUUGAGGUGUCAUUAAAGGAACAAGGGAGGCUAGUCACACAGGGAUCGAUGAAAAUAAUUUUGAAGAGUUUGGGUGGCAAGGGGAGUAAACUUCACGUGGAUGCAGAAGAAACCAUCGCCUCUGUGAAAGCUAAAGCUUCGAAAAAGCUAGAUUUUAAACUAUCUGAGCCUGUGAAAAUAUAUUAUUCUGGGAGGGAGCUUGAUGACAACAAAUCUCUAGCCGAACAGAAUGUUCACUCAAACUCAGUCUUGCACCUUGUUCGGACAAAAAUACAUCUAUUGCCCCGGGCACAAAAGCUUCCUGGUGAAAACAAGUCGUUGCGUCCCCCUGGAGCUUUUAAGAAGAAAUCUGACCUUUCAGUAAAAGAUGGUCAUGUUUUCUUAAUGGAGUACUGUGAAGAAAGGCCUUUGCUUCUAGGUAAUCCAGGGAUGGGUGCAAGACUUUGUACAUAUUAUCAAAAAUCGGCACCUGGUGAUCAAAUGGGAAACUUGAUGCGGAAUGGUGAUAAUGGUUUGGGGAGUGUUGUCACUCUUGAUCCUGCUGAUAAAUCCCCAUUUCUUGGAGAUAUAAAACCUGGUGCAAGCCAAUCUUGCCUGGAAUCUAACAUGUAUAGAGCACCCAUAUUUCAGCAUAAAGUGCCAUUAACUGAUUACUUAUUGGUGAGGUCUCCAAAAGGGAAACUCUCCAUCAGACGCAUUGACAGGAUUGAUGUUGUUGGACAACAGGAGCCUCACAUGGAGGUUAUGUCUCCUGGGUCCAAAGGUGUCCAGUUCUAUAUCAUGAACAGAGUUUUGGUACACAUGUACCGGGAAUUCCGUGCUUGUGAAAAACGUGGGUUGCGUCCUUCAAUUCGUUCAGAUGAGUUGGUAUCACAGUUUCGUAACUUGUCUGAAACGUUUCUCCGGAAGAGGCUGAAAAAUUGUGCUGAUUUACAGAGGGGUCCACAUGGGCAGUAUCUUUGGGUUAUGAAGCGCUCUUUUCGCAUUCCUUCAGAAGAAGAACUGAGGAGGAUGGUCACUCCUGAAAAUGUCUGUGCAUACGAGAGCAUGCAAGCAGGUCUAUACAGGCUCAAACGUUUGGGAAUUACAAGACUGACUCUUCCUGCUGGUCUUUCAUCAGCAAUGAAUCAGCUUCCAGAUGAAGCUAUCACUUUAGCUGCAGCUUCACAUAUUGAGAGGGAGCUACAGAUAACGCCGUGGAAUUUGAGUAGUAAUUUUGUUUCCUGUACAAACCAGGAUAGGGAAAAUAUUGAGCGUCUGGAAAUUACGGGUGUUGGUGACCCUUCAGGAAGGGGCCUAGGUUUUAGUUAUGUUCGCACAACUCCUAAGGCCCCAAUCCCAAAUUCGAUGGUGAAAAAGAAAACUGUUAUUGGUAAAGGGACAACUGUUACUGGAACUGAUGCAGAUCUACGCAGAUUGAGCAUGGAAGCUGCGAGAGAGCUUCUCCUUAAAUUCAAUGUUCCAGAGGAGCAGAUUGCAAAACUAACUCGAUGGCACCGAAUUGCUCUAAUCCGCAAGCUUUCAAGUGAGCAAGCAGCAUCAGGUGUCAAGGUUGAUCCAACAACAGUCAGCAAGUUUGCUCGUGGACAACGAAUGUCCUUUUUGCAACUGCAGCAGCAGACAAGAGAAAAAUGCCAGGAAAUAUGGGAUCGGCAAUUUCAGAGCCUCUGUGCUGCUGAUGGAGAGGAAAAUGAGAGUGAGUCAGAGGCUAAUAGUGACUUGGAUUCAUUUGCGGGGGAUCUGGAAAAUCUUCUGGAUGCAGAAGAAUGUGAAGAUGGCGAGGAGGAUAAUUUUGAGUCCAAGCGUGACAGCAUGGAUGGUGUUAAAGGGCUAAAAAUGAGAAGGCGGCCACUCCAAACUCAGCACCAAGAGGAAAUCGAAGAUGAGAGGGCAGAAGCAGAAGAAUUAUGCAAGAUGCUCAUGGAUGAUGAGGAAGCUGAACGCAAAAAGAAGAAGAAGACAAAAACUGCAGCAGAGCAAGCUGGGUUGUCGGUUAAGUCAAAGUUUAUUUCUGAGAAUGGUGAUGCAAUCAAGAAAAGCAACGCAGUUUCUAAGAGAUUCAUGCAACCUGAAGGAUCCUAUCUAGCAAUGGAGAAAAUUGCUAAAGACCAAAAGGAGGGAGACUACUUGUCAGCUAAAAGUCAUCUUCCGGGGAAAUUUAAGGCCAAGAAAAAGAACGAGUUUGAAGUACUUAGCAAAAAGGUGAAGAUAUUGGGGGAUGGAAUCACUGUGAUCAAGGAAAAGAAAUCCGCAAGGGAGAGUUUUGUCUGUGGAGCAUGUGGUCAGCUUGGUCAUAUGAGGACCAACAAGAACUGCCCCAGAUAUGGGGAAGAUACUGACACUCGAGUAGAGAACAUCGAUCUUGACCGGAUAGCGGGCAGGUCUAGUUUUCCAGAUCAAAUAGAGCAGAAACCCCAUGUGAAGAAGUUAAUGCCAAAAAUUGGGCCAAAAGCUGUUGGUUCAGAAGCACCAGAAGAUGAUAAACCAACUUCGAAGGCAAAAAUCCUGAAGGUUAAAUGUGGCUUGACGGACAAGCUUCCUGAUAAACAUACUCCCACAAACUCACAGAGCUCUGAUAGACCAGUUGCAUCAGAUGCUGAAACGGGAAGCAAGUCUGUUGUAAAAGUCAACAAAAUCACAUUUUCAAGCAAGACGAAACCGGAUGAUGUGGUUGAAACUCCUAGGACCUUUCUGAUAAAGCCUCCAGUGGAUGUUGAUAGGGAGCAAUCCCGCAGCAAGAAAGUUAUAAUCAAACAACCAAAGGAGAUCAUUAAUUUUGAAGAAAACAGCCAGGAUGGAAGUUUUGGCUUUGACUACAGGAAAACAAAGAAAUUAAUGGAAAUAUCGAGUUUGGACAGACAUAUGGAACAUGAGAGCAAGCACUACUUUGAAGAGUCUUCAAGGAUGAGAGAUCCCGAGAGUAACCAAUUAUGGGUCGAUGAGAAAAGGAGAACCUUUGACAGACAACAAGAAGUACGAAAUAGAAGGGGAGAGAAAUUGAAGAUGAUCGAAGACCAACCAAAGUAUGAGUUACUAAGAUAUGAAGAAGCCAUUCGAAGAGAGAGGGAAGAAGAAGAGCGUCAAAGGGCGAAGGAUAAAAAGAAAAAGAAAAGAAAGCUUGAAGUAAAGGAUGAAUAUUUUGAUGAUUUCCCUCCUAGAAGAAUCGACAAACGGAUACCGGAUAGAGAUAGAAUGGUGAGGAGGAGGGCAGAACCUGAGUAUGCAAGGCCCUCUCCAGAUUAUGUCCCCGCUCUAAAGCGGCGACGUGGAGGAGAGGUUGGCUUGUCAAACGUCUUGGAGACUAUUGUCGAGACGCUCAAGGCAAGGAAAGAAAUAUCGUACCUAUUUCUAAAGCCAGUAACGAGAAAGGAAGCUCCUGACUAUAUGGACAUCAUUAGUCAUCCUAUGGAUUUAUCUACGAUCAGAGAUAAGGCAAGGAGGCUAGAGUACAAGAACCGAGAGGAUUUCAGGCACGACGUGUGUCAGAUUGUGAUCAACGCUCAUACGUAUAAUGACCGACGGAAUCCAGGUAUUCCUCCUCUUGCAGAUCAACUUCUCGAGCUCUGUGACUUCUUGUUAGCUCAAUACGAUGCAGACUUGACAGAAGCGGAAGCUGGGAUUGAAUAGAUGAUAAUAGGCAACGCGCGUGGGAUGGUUAUUUUUUCGUGUCCCCUCCCCAUUUUUUAGGUCGAUUUGUAUUUCUCUUGCAAUUUUGUGUUUUUGAGAUUUUUGUAGCAUAAAUUCGCCAAGUCUGUAUAUCUGAAUGAUCCCCAGCUUUGAUCAUAGGUAAUGUUAAAAGGUGUGUAGAUUAGUUAUAGGUGACAAAAUGUAUAGAAUGUGCAUAGCGGCAGCCCCUUUUCCUCUCCUCCAAAUUCUUGGCAAUGUAUCUUGUAUGAAAUCUUUUAUCCCCUUCUCUCA